AUGUCUAGGUCGGUUUCUCCAAAGGUUAGGGCUCUGGUGGAUCGGAUUAUUAGAGUUGAUCAUGCAGGAGAGUUAGGUGCCAAUAGAAUAUACCAAGGACAGCUCAUGGUACUUGGGAAAUCGAGUAUAGGCCCUAAAAUAAAGGAAAUGCAUGAUCAAGAAGUGGAACAUUUGAAAAAAUUCCAGGAACUUAUUCCUAUUCAUAGAGUUAGACCUACAUUACUUUUGCCUUUGUGGAGCAUUGCUGGGUUUACACUAGGUGUGGGAAGUGCGCUUUUGGGUUCGAAAUGUGCUAUGGCCUGUACCGUUGCUGUCGAGUCAGUGAUUUCUGAACACUACAACAAUCAAAUUCGUGAGCUUGUUGAAAGUGACCCUGAAACCUAUCAAGAAUUGCUGCAGACACUAGCCCAGUUUCGGGAUGAAGAAAUGGAGCAUCAUGAUACAGGCCUUGAACAUGAUGCUGAACAGGCUCCUUUCUAUAAUAUCAUGUCUCAAAUAAUUAAAGCGGGUUGUCGAGCAAGUAUUUUUUUGGCUGAACGUAUAUGA